AACAAUGGAUGUUAAGCUUGGUUUUUGUGUACUUGUCUCCCUAAUUCUGCUGGUUACUUAUGGAACAGAAGCUAGGGAUAUGGCUGAAGACAAUCGCCAGCAAGCUCCGGAACAGAAUUCUGACUUCGUAUUUAAUUAUAAAGACGGUGUUGAAGACUUCCAUCCACAAAUUCUGUUUAAAUAUAAACAGAACAAACAUAUGCAUUCAUCAUCCCAUCAUUCACCAUGCCUAGCGUUUACUACUGACAUAACACAGUUAGCAAAAGCAAGGUAUUCAUUAAGGAAUGAUGCAAAUGGAAGCAAUUGCUGCUUGUCAUUCGGAUACCUCUGAUUGGAGUCCAUCACAUGUAUCCUUUCGAGUGCUCGGUAUAUUACCUGUCUGUCACUUUUACCCAUCAUAUAGUCUAGUGUGGGUUCCAAAAACCAUUGCCAUUACUCCAAGUGAACCAUAUUACCCCUUUGAAGGACAACAAAUCGGAGUACCUAGCUAGCUCCACCAUGUUCUUAGUUAUUACUUAUGCGUCUAGACGUAUGCAAAAUAAUGUGUUUUAAUUUAGUGGAGAUCUGCUCCGAUGACUAUUUCUAUGUUUA